AUGCAGAUCGAACCCCCAUUCUUUCAGGCACAGCAGCCCUUCGUUUCCACGCCCUCCCUCCCCUUCUCAGCACCGCCAAGCGAAAACAGUUGUUCAACCUCUUCUCGACAGCUCGGCGUGUAUCGUACCCAGUCUCGCCAUCCUCAAUGCCUUGGGCCGACAUCAGCUGGGCUCACCUGCACCCAUCUCACUCACUCACUACGACCUGAACUUGACCUAUCCUGA